UUCGCUCACUAUUUUCGAAAAAGUGUUGGAAUUACAGGUGAAAUCAAUUUCAAUCAUAAAAAGGGGGAAAAUAAGAGAAACCAGCCACUCUCUCCAACAAAGCUCGUCCCACGUCAGCUUCCCAUCGAUCGCACUGUAUAUAAAUCAAGUCAUUUUGUAAUUCUAUUCUUGUUUCCUGCUUCGCCGUUAACCUCGCCUCGCGCUCUCCAUCUCUUUCAAUCAUUGCCUUUUUUUUUCUUUUUACUUUUCAUUUUUAUUUUAAUUAAGAUGGUGUCACUCAAGGCGGUACGGCCAGCGAUUUCUUGUUCUUCUUCCGGUUUAGAGAGUGGCCCAUCCAUACCGCUUCCUAAGGUUGGCUUCGUGAAGUUGCCGUUGCCGGCGCCGUCGCCUUCUUUGGGAUUGAAUGUCAGCAACAAUGCGAGGUUGAGCUUGGUUCAGGCGACGGAGGAAUCGGCCGUGUCGGUUGCAAAUGAUCGUGCUGCUGUUAUUUCUGGUCAAAAUCUCCGCCAGAUGGCUACAAAUGGAAAGGCAACGAACAUUGUAUGGCAUAAAAGUUCUGUUGGUAAACUUCAUCGGCAAGAGCUACUUCAGCAAAAGGGUUGUGUCAUAUGGAUUACUGGUCUCAGUGGCUCAGGAAAGAGCACUUUGGCAUGCGCUCUGUGCCAAGCCUUGUAUUCGAGGGGAAAGUUGACUUACAUCCUUGAUGGUGACAACAUUCGACAUGGUUUAAACCGUGACCUAAGUUUUAAAGCAGAAGAUCGUGCCGAAAACAUACGAAGGAUUGGAGAGGUAGCAAAGCUCUUUGCAGAUGCUGGCAUCAUCUGCAUUGCCAGUGUGAUAUCUCCCUACAGAAGAGACAGGGAUGCAUGCCGGGCACUGUUGCCAGAAGGAGAUUUUAUUGAGGUGUUCAUGGAUGUGCCACUCCAAAUAUGUGAGUCUAGGGACCCAAAAGGCCUGUACAAGCUUGCAAGAGCUGGAAAAAUAAAAGGUUUUACCGGUAUUGAUGACCCAUAUGAACCACCUCUGAAUUGUGAGUUAGUAUUACCACAAAAGGGAAUCAACUAUGCUUCCCCAUGUGAAAUGGCUGAAACUGUGAUAUCUUUCCUGGAGGAGAAGGGGUUCCUGCAGACCUAAGAAGAGAGAAGCCCUGCAAUUCCUGGGUACAGUAAUCACCUGUAAUAUAGUGCUCUGAAUCAAUGAAAAUUGAUUCUUUUCUAAGGAAAUUUCUCGUUUCCUUCAUAAAGGAAACUUUCUGUUUCCUUUAUCUAUUGUUUGUUUCUGGCAUCAGGGAAACUUCCUGUUUCCUGUAUCUGUAGUUUAUAUCUUGUAAUAGAUAAUUAAACGCUUGAUUAAUUAGAGUGUCCUUUGUUAAGCCUUGUUGAAGCCACGUUGUGCAUAAUUGGACUUAGUCAAAAACUAAAGAUGGACCGAAGGUGUUUAGCUGUUGGUGUAUGAGCUUGUAUCAUGUAGCAUUGUCAUGAUUGCUUUUAGAAGGAAGGCCAAGUUUUCCUACCCUCUCAUUCUGCUUGUGUCUUUCAAUCUGUACUGAACGAGAAAGGGUCAAUUC